AUGAACGUCUUCAAGACUCGUCGAGAACGCAAGGCUGCUGCCAAUGGCAGUGGGGCAUCCACAGCUGUUCCCUCCGCCAACAAUUCCAUUGAGGUGGGAGCCCGAGGAACGACUGGGUACAAAGAGGAAGGAAGCAAUGAUGCGAAAGCAGAGGCUGGCAAGAUGCCGCAUGUUACGAUGCGAACAAUCCUGAUGGCCGCAUUGGUUGCAAUGGGAGGAUUCAUUUUCGGCUAUGACACCGGACAGAUAUCUGGAUUCCUGGAGAUGAGAGUAUUCUUGGAAAUGUUCGGUGAAGAGACUACAGAUUUGGCAGCACAUCCUUCAGGAUAUUAUUUCACCAACGUUCGGUCGGGCCUCAUCGUGGGAUUGCUCUCAAUUGGUACUUUGAUCGGAUGUCUCAUUGCCGGCCCUCUGGCUAACAGAUUUGGUCGUCGAACCUGCAUUCCACCCUGGUGUAUGGUUUUCAUCAUUGGCGUGGUAAUCCAAAUGGCGGUUGGGGACGGCCAGUGGGUUGGGAUUGUUAUGGGUAGAUGGGUCGCUGGUCUUGGUGUUGGUGGACUAUCAGUUCUCGUACCACUCUAUAUGGCCGAGACUUCGCCAGUUCCAGUCAGAGGAGCAGUCAUAUCCUGUUACCAACUUUUCAUUACAAUCGGUAUUUUUACUGCUGAUUGUAUCAAUUAUGGCACGGAAGCCAGAAAUGACACUGGCUCUUAUCGUAUCCCAAUGGGUGUCGGCUACAUAUGGGCAUUAUUACUUGGUGUUGGAGUCUUGUUCCUCCCAGAAUCCCCUCGCCACGAUUGGAACCAUGGAAGAUCAGACAAAGCACGAACCACCAUGUCGAAGUUCUAUGGUCUUCCAGAAACACAUCCUUUGAUUGUUAACGAAACCCAAGAGAUCCAGGACAUCAUGGAAGCCACCCAGGGUGAUCACCCAUGGCAUGAAGCAAUCACCGGACCGCGAAUGUUUUAUCGAGUCGCCCUUGCUAUGGCUCUUCAGACUUUGCAACAACUCACUGGUGCAAACUACUUUUUCUAUUAUGGCACAACUGUGUUUGCUGGCGUUGGCUUGGAUAACUCCUACGUUACAGCGAUGAUUUUGGGUGGUGUGAACGUGGGAGCAACCGUUUUUGGAGUUUAUAUGGCCCGUCACUUCCGCCGCCGCGAAUCCCUAUAUAUAGCGGCUCUCUGGCAGACCAUGUGCUUUCUGGUAUUUGCCUCAGUCGGCCAGUUUGUCUUCAAAGGCGCUGAAGAAGGCUCUUCCACCGCUAAAACCUCUGGUACGGUCAUGAUCGUUUUUGCAUGCCUCUUCAUCGUUGGUUUUGCGACCACAUGGGGUCCUCUCGUCUGGGCAUGCAUUUCCGAAAUGUUCCCAUACAGAUACAGAGCCGUAGCUAUGGGUUUCGCCACCUCCGCGAACUGGUUCUGGAAUUUCAUGCUCGCGUUCUUCACACCUUUCAUCACCGGGGACAUCCAAUACGCAUAUGGCUACGUUUUCGCCGGAUGCAAUCUCGCCGCGUUCGUGGUCGUCUACUUCUUCCUCCUGGAAUCUAGCGGAAAGAGUCUUGAAGAGGUCGACGCUAUGUAUCUCAUCCACGUGUCCCCCCGAAAGAGCGCCAAGUUCCAGUUUGAUGAGGAGACGAAGAGACAUUUGAGUACGACUAUUAAUACGGAUGCCAUGCAUCUCCAGGGCAGAGGAAAGAAUAUGAGGAAAGCGGAGGAGGGUGGUCAGGGCGGUGUUUUCCACAAGGAGGAGUUGGAGAAUCCUCCACCAACCCAUACUGGACCUGCGGUUGCCAGCGGUGCUGCGUGA